CUGAGUUGUGCAAAUAUGUACCUCGACCACAAAACCACAGCAUCGAGAUCCGAUGUCGUCCCGAACGCUUCAUUUUCGAAUUCACCAAGUCCCGAUCAACAUGCGCGUCAUUUACGCUCCGCUCAUCCUCGCCGCGUCGGCGCUCGGCCUCGCGACCUCCAACACGGCCGACGCGCUGCCCCUCGACACGAUCAAGGCCGUCAGCAACGAGACCGAGACUGUCGUCAAGGGCGAGUUCCCGUCGAACCAGUGGGGUCUCCAGCGUCUCAACGUGUGGACCUCCGGCGACUCGGAGGCCUUCCACCGUGAGCCGCUCGACCAGUGGGUCACGGUCUGGGGCGGCGUCGUCAACCUCCGCUGCCGCAACUGCGGCGGUGGUCGCGCCUGGCAAGUCAUGCAGUCCGAAGGCUCGAACGACUACGACAUGCUACGCAACGUCCAGGACAACUUGUGCCUUGACGCGUACUGGAGCAACGACGCUGGCAAGCCACUCGUGCACGGCUAUCAAUGCCAGCAGUACAACUCGAACCAGCGCUGGGAGUACUCGCGCUACAACUCGGCGACGAUGAUCCGCCACAAGGUGUUCUGGGACUGGUGCUUGCUCAUCUACCCCAACGGCGACGCCACCAUGGCCAACUGCGCGCAAAACUGGAACGACGUGCACUUCAACUUUGUCGCCUAGAUGUCUCCAGAUUGUGCCACGUCACGAGCAGACGCUCCAUUGGAGUCCUGAUGCCAAACAUAACAUGUGACUGUAAUGCGAUGUUGUCUCUUGCACA